CCAUGCGGAGGUCUUUCAACAUGUUUCAUCUGUCCUCGAGGACUAUGGAUUUUGCCCUACUGGAGAUCCCAUGGACACUAUAAACCUCCAGCCUUAUAACUGCAGAAAGUCAAACGGAGAGUCAUGCAAAGGGCUUACAGAUGCAAACAUGGCAGUUAUGGAAUCGGCCAAUCUGGAUGCUGCAGACGAUAAGGUCACAACUGUUGGAAAUGACGACCUCGCCCUUAUGGCACGGCAGCACACUACACAAACACAGGCUGUGAGGAAGAAAGUAGGCGGAGGAUGGGAUCCCACAUAUACAAAGAGAAGUUUUUUCCCAUAUUGGAGAUCAGUGUUACAAGCUCGGUUUCCUUUGAAGGUGUAUCCAGCCUAUGCAAGCUCAGAUCGUAUGGCUGGGCUUCGUGGACAACUCCAUGUCUCUCUGAGUAACAAAAUGGCCCAUGGGCCUACUCCUACUCCAAAUCAUAAACUUGGUCCAAUGCGGAGAAUCUCGCCACUUACAAGCAAUAAUCAACCCAGAAGGUGUUUUGUCACUGCUGCUACUGGUGCAUUCAGGCUCUGGAAGGUGCUAAAGUAGGAGUAGAAAGGAGGCUCAACUUCUUCGCGAUAAUUGGCCAAUACUCUG